AUGAGAAGAGUACGGGUUUCUCAAUUAAGCGCCCAGGUGUGCCGUGCUCGCCCAGGGGCCGCAUUCGCUUCUCGACAGCCAUUCCACACCUCCCUACGAACCCAAUCGACAAUAGCCCCGAGCGCGGACCUGACGUCGCUCUCCGAGAGCGUUGCCGAAGAUCACGAGCACAGAGAACAUAUCCUGCAGCCUCUGCCGUCGCCGGCACCCGAGAGAGCCCUGCAGUCGGCAAAGUUGGCGGCGCUGCACGCCAGACUUUCUCUUUCCAAGCAAAUCCCCCUCCAAACGCUCGCAAGGGCUCUCGUUAGCCCGACCGCCGACGCCAAUGCCAAUUUUAACAACACAAACCUAGCCUUCCUCGGAAGCACGAUAAUCAACUACCAUGUAUUCGAAUACCUGUUGUGCAAAUGGCCCCGCCUGCCAACCAGCAUGCUGUAUGAAGUCCUGAGGGCAUUCGCUGGCCCAGAGUCUCUCUACCAUGUUGCACGUGGAUGGGGUAUCGAUGCUGCCGCUGCUCCAGGAGAAGAGGUCGACCCUGGCCUGUUGCAGUGGAAGGCAAUCGUGGACCAAAGCAUCGCCUCGAAAUGGGGCCAUGUCCGCGCCGAGGAGGAACGAGACGACAACUACCGUCGCGGCUUGAGCAGCCGCAUUGUGCUCGAUGAUGCCUUUGGCGACCUUGUACGCAAGCCUGAACAGGUUGAGAUUAGCGCCACGCAGCUUGAGCACCAGGCAUUCUCUUCAGCCGCCCAAGCUGUCGUCGGAGCCAUUUACACACAUUGCGGCCGCGAAGCCGCCAAGGCCUUUGUCAAAUCACACAUCUUGACACGCCAGAUCGACCCUUCGGCCAUGUUCCACUUCAAGCAGCCCACAAGAGAGUUGAGCAUGCUCUGCGCUAGAGAAGGUUUCACUGCGCCGAUUGCCCGCCUGGAGAGCGAGACAGGUCGUCUUUCGCGCACCCCCGUCUUCAUCGUCGGCAUCUACAGUGGCAACGAGAAGCUUGGUGAGGGUGCCGGUCCCAGCCUAAACGUGGCGCGCAACAAGGCGUCAAUGAAUGCGCUGAAGGCGUGGUACCUGUACAGCCCUGGCAACAAGGUCCGCGUUCCUAGCGACAUGCUCGAAGCAGGCGCCAAGCCGUGGAAGGCACCUCACAUCGACAUUGGAGAGAUUGUCUAA